AGGUCGAGAGAGGUCGAGAGAGGUCGAGAAGAGAGAGUCGAGAGAGAGGUCGAGGAGGUCGAGAGAGUCGAGAGAGAGAGGUCGAGAGUCGAGAGAGGUCGAGAGAGAGUCGAAGAGGUCGAGAGAAAGGUCGAAGAUCCUCUCAAGCUCUGA